AUGUGUGAUGCUUGUGUGGCUGCUUUUAAGGAUGUAAGGCAGUGUGGUCGGUGCAUUUCCUCCGUUCACCGACUUCUUGGCCUACUGAGUAAAGGGAAGUCAGGAAGUGAAGAAAUCAUGUUGAGAAUCCAGCAUCUCACCAUCUCCAACUCAACAUGCGAGGCUCUCUGCUACGAUAUCUGGCUUCAUCUUCUUGAAAUGAUCAUAUUCUUGGAGCGCUUUAAGCCACAGAAUAUAAUCGAUAAGUCAAAAGUUUCCACAUUCCAUGAUCAAAGCAACUGGCAGAAGGAACUGUCAAAUGGUACUAAAAGGGUCUGGAAUUUGGCUAACGAUAAUGAAUCCCUAACUAAACGUCGACGAGCUCAAAUGUGGUAUUCUUGUCUUAAUGAUCGUAUUUUGCUUGAAAAGCUUGAGAAUAAGGACCAAUUAUCCGGUAGUGGGUCGUCUCGCCACGUUACUUUUGAGAAUGGUCAGGAUUUACAACAAUCAAUUGAAAAGAAGUUGAAAUCUACAGUCCCCGCAGGUAAGCCUCUCUAUAUUUUCUAA